UAGAUUUGUACUUAGACUAAGAAUUGAGAAAAGUCAUCAUAGUUGUAGAAGAUGGGAAGAAUUUCAAGGACCAAGAGUUAUGCAAUUGCCUCUUCAAUAGUACAAGAAAACCAACAACAAACACCACCUUCCAUUACCUGCACAACUUUUAACAUUCUUGCACCCAUAUACAAGCGUCUCAACCAUGAGGAUCAGAGUUGCCGCGAAAGCGAUUACAAAGCGUGUUGGUUGACCAGGAAUCAAAGGAUAUUGGAUUGGUUGUUGUAUGAGAGAUCUUCCAUAAUCUGUCUUCAGGAAUUUUGGAUUGGAAACGACGAGUUUGUUAAUUUGUAUGACAAGAGACUUGGUGAUGCUGGUUAUAUUAAUUUGAAGCUGGGACGAACCAACAAUCGUGGUGAUGGUCUUCUGAUAGCAGUGCAAAAGGAAUAUUUCACAGUUGUUAACUAUAAGGAGUUGCACUUUAAUGAUUGUGGUGAUCGAGUAGCUCAAUUGCUACAUCUUGAGUUAGCUUUUCCCUUUUCACAAUGCCAAAACAGUGAUGUUAGGCACGAAAUUCUCAUUGUCAACACUCACCUACUGUUUCCUCAUGAUUCGAGUCUUUGCCUUGUACGACUGCAUCAAGUCUACAAGAUACUUCAAUAUGUCGAAUCUUAUCAGAAAGAGUACCAACUUAAGCCUUUACCAAUCAUGUUAUGCGGUGACUGGAAUGGAAGCAAAAGGGGACAUGUUUACCAGUUCCUGAGGUCUCAGGGGUUUGUAUCAUCAUAUGAUGCAGCACAUCAUUACACUGAUGCUGAUGCUCACAAGUGGGUUAGCCACCGCAAUCAUCUUGGAAAUAUAUGUGCUGUUGAUUUUAUAUGGCUUCUUAAUCCUGACAAAUAUCAAAAACUUCUAAAAACAAGUUGGAGUGAAGCAGUAUUUGGCAUGUUUAAGUAUCUAUUGCGAAGAGCUUCACUGACAGAGAGAGAUGCAUUUGCUUUUCUAAAGGUUGACAAUGAAGAUUGUAUUACCUAUUCUGGUUUCUGUGAAGCACUUAGACAGCUUAAUUUAAUUGGUCAUUGCCAUGGGUUAAGUGCUGAAGAGACAAAGGACUUGUGGGUUCAAGCAGAUAUAAAUGGGAAUGGUGUUAUUGAUUAUAAAGAAUUUCUGCAACAAAUCUGGAAUUCAACGGGAUCAGAUCAAAGAGAUGACAAGAAUGGGCAACAUGAUGAUGAGGCAAAUGACAGUGAAGAGGAUCAAACAAUUGGUUUUAAUGUAAAAAGUGCAGUUUUUUUCCCUCCAGAGGUGGAAAAAAGUAGAUGGCCUGAAGACUACUCCCUAUCUGAUCAUGCAAGACUCACUGUAGUGUUCUCACCAACAAGAAUGUCAUGCCAUCCUCCAAAAUGAUUCCAUGACCAAUGAUUGGGAGCACUCUAGCUUACAACUUAAUUAAGGCGUCACAUUACAUAAAUAACACAAAGGAAAAAGGGCAAGGAAAUAUAAACUGGGAUUACUGAACCAACAUUGACCAGAAGUGAUUUCAUAGUCAUGACAAGCAGCAUAAGGAAACUCAAGGGCCAAUUUGAAGCUAUACCACUCUAGCCUUCUCAUACACACCAUACACUAUUAAUGGCAUUUGAAGUAGCAACAGUCAUGACUCAGUUUUCUUUUCAUUUAACUUCUCAAAACCUUAGGUGCAUAACUUCUCCAAAAAUGUGUCUUUGUUACAUAUUGACAUGGAACCAAAAGAAUUAAGUACAUACACCUUUUAAGCAAAAGCCAACAAAAGUUUUUUGUUUUUUUCAAAAAAAAAAUGUGUUAGAAUGAAAAUUUGAACCUAACUCAAUCUUACGCUUGUAAGGUGAGAAUUAAUUUUCAUUUUUAUAGUCUAUUCCAACACUAUCAAUCAAUAUAAAACUUUAACAUAUCCUUUUUUUAUUCAUAGCUAGUGUCAUGUGAAACUUUAACUUCCAACACACUACUGUCUAGAGGUAAUUUUUCAGACCAAAUGGAUUGCAAAAUAGUAAUAUAGAUACAAGAACCAAUAAAUCAUUAGGUGGAUUACAUCUAUGCUUGUAAUUUUUUGCAGCCUGGUUUAGUCUAAGUUUCAAAAACCUUGAUGUCGGCAAUCAAUUUGCUAGCUUUUUUUUUUUCCUAUCAGUCAUCAAUCAAUUUGGUAGCUUAUGUAAAUAUAUAAACAUUUAGUUUAGCACCACCGAAUAAUGUCAAACAAUGGGAUUGUUUGGUUUGUUUUAUGUUUUAAUUUUAGAAUAAUAACAAAAAUUUAAAAGAGGGUGUUUGGGUAUA